GUGCAAAUUGCCCAAAUCCUCCGCGCCGCACACGAUCGCGUGGAGUCUGUCCGGAACAUACACACACGCCGUUCUACGAGCCGCAGACGCGGCAGCAGGGUCAAUCCUUAAUGCCCCAGUCAAUCACUUCCAUGCGAGUCCUAAACUCGGAGUCAAUCAUUUGAUAUCAUUACCGUAUUAUCGACAACCAACCAGCCAACCAGCCAAUGAGCCAGCCACUCACGCAUCGGCCAUGAUAACAACGCCCUCGCCCGUCCUGCGCCUGGCCCUGGCCCUGUGGUGCCUAGCCGCGCUCGCCGCCGUCGCCGCGGCAGAAGGCACGGGCAUCUGGGCGACCCCCCAUGACAGCUACUCGUCCUCGAUCGGCGUGCUGGGCUGCAAGAUCAACACGAACCGGGUCGCCUACUGGCCCAUGAGCGUCGACUGCAACAACAUCUGCGUCAAGCUCAGCUACGGCGACCGCUCCCUCCACCUCCUGCGCGUCGACCAGUCCGGCGGCGCCUACGACGUCAGCUACGACGCCUGGAACUACCUGCAGACGGGCAAGUCCGCCUCCAAGGAGCCCAUCGCCGGCGGGGGCGUCGCCAUGACCUGGGAGAACGCAAAGGCCUCCGACUGCAAGGACCUCAUCCACGCCGACGGCCUGCCGCUGAGCGCGGCGAACAGCAUGAACUUCGUCGCGAGCUGCCUCGGGGAGCCGGACAGCUGGGUCGGCAGGAACCACGUGCUGUUCAACAUUGCCGAUUCUGUGUGCUCGCUGGGCCAUGACGAGAAGUGCAAGCUGGACUGGGCGUCCGGGCAGAACCAGCCCACCUGUGAUCACAUGCUUGGCUCGCAGGACGAGCUGACGUCGGAUCCUGUGUAUAAUAUCCGAUACCCGACCGGGGAGAAGGUCCUGGCCUCCACUGGCCAGGUGGUAAAUAGUAGCGGCGCUGCAAGUAUCCGUUGGAGCCUCGACGGCCUUCCUUUCUGGCGGCUGGAAGCACUCGCAGGCCUUGCUGCCUGUGUUGUUGCUAAUGUAUAUUUAUAGCAGUGCGCUGAAU